AUGCACAAGUUGCUAGGGUCUGGCCAGUACCGCCAGGGUAUGGAGAGGGGUGGAUGUGUGGAUGACACGGGGUACAGAGUACAGAUACCUAAUAAAUACUUGGAUAAUGCAUAUCACCACCUAUCAUAUCACUCGGGUAUUUAUCAUGUCUACAUACAAGGCAGGAUACAGGCUGGCACCCUGGCUUCGACAGGGGUGGUGGAGGGAGGGGAACGAAAUACCCUUGAAAGCCAGAACUUGGACGAAAAGGGAUCUAGUCACGCCACUGCUGCGGUCACAAUUGGAGUCUCUGGUCUGACGUAUCCGAACCCUCUCUGCAAGAAUUCCUGUACAAGCAGCACUUCUAGAAUGGAAAAGAGAAAAUCAAUGGCGAAGUGUUAA